UGCCAAUAGAUUUAUAUUUCCAGCUUUGCAUUUUUAACAAAAAAGUUUGGGAUCUUAAGACCGGACUGAAGUCACAGGAGAGCCGGAAUGGACAGUAGAGCGAAAUCGAAAUUCCAAACCGAAACAAGGAAUUGAACAAUAGACUCUUUCGAUCUGAUCCUCUGUGCUCUGAGUCUCCGAAUUCUCAAACCCAGACCAAGAUCCAUCCAUACAAUCUCACAUUCACAUUUAGGGAACCCAUUUCAGUAUUGGGUUGAUCGGUGAAGUAUGGCGAUUGUGAAGGCGGCAAACAGAUCGGCUUCGGUGGCGUUCGCGCCCGAAGCGCCGUACCUUGCGGCCGGGACCAUGGCGGGAGCGGUGGAUCUGUCAUUUAGUUCGACGGCCAAUCUCGACAUCUUCGAGAUCGACUUUACGUCAGAUGAUCGGGAGCUCAUCUUGGCUGGCUCUGUGGCCAGUACAGAGCGGUUCAACAGGUUGUCCUGGGGGAAGCCUCUGUCGAUUUCAGAAGACUUCUCUAUGGGGCUCAUCGCUGGUGGCCUGGUUGAUGGCAAAAUUGGGUUGUGGAACCCCAAGCGUUUGAUCUCCUUCAGUGAGUGUGGAGAAGGCCCUGAAGCUGCUGGAGAAGCUUUUGUUGGCCAUCUGUCUAACCACAGUGGACCUGUUCGCGGAUUGGAAUUUAAUUCAUUUACUUCAAAUCUAAUUGCUUCCGGCGCUGAUGAAGGCAAAAUCUGCAUAUGGGACAUUACAAAUCCCAUGGAACCCACACAUUUCCCCUUUCUGAAGGGUAGCGGAUCAUCAUCCCAAAAUGAAAUUUCAUAUGUAUCCUGGAACAGCAAGGUUCAACAUGUAUUCGCAUCCACGUCAUUAAAUGGGACGACAGUGGUUUGGGAUCUUAGGAAGCAGAAGCCGGUCAUAAGUUUUUCCGAUUCUGUUAGGAGGCGUUGUUCUGUUUUGCAGUGGCAUCCUGAUUUUGCAACUCAGCUUAUUGUAGCAUCAGAUGAAGACAGUUCACCUUCACUUACGAUGUGGGAUAUGAGGAAUGUAAUGUCUCCGGUGAAAGAGUUUGUGGGGCAUACUAAGGGUGUCAUUGCAAUGUCAUGGUGUCCGAUCGACAGUUCCUACCUACUUACUUGUGCAAAAGAUAAUCGCACUAUAUGUUGGGAUGUAUUGUCUGGAGAGAUUGCCUCUGAAUUACCAUCAGGCACUAAUUGGAAUUUUGAUGUGCACUGGUACCCCAAGUGUCCGGGUGUCAUAUCAGCAUCUUCAUUUGAUGGAAAGAUUGGAAUUUACAAUAUUGAGGGUUGUGAUAGACAUGGUGCUGACGAGGGAAAUUUUAGAGCAGCUUCUUUGAAAGCUCCCAAAUGGUACAAAAGGGGAGGGGGUGUUUCAUUUGGCUUUGGAGGAAAGUUGGUGUCUUUUUAUCCCACUAAUGUAUCAGAUAAACCAUCAGAGGUGGAGAUCAAAACUGUAAUUACUGAACACGGUUUAGUAAGCCGUUCUUCCGAUUUUGAGAAUGCAAUCCAGGAUGGGGAGAGAUCUCAACUCAGGCUUUUCUGUGAAAAAAAAUCGCAGGAUUUAAACUCUAGUGAUGAAAGGGAGAUUUGGGGAUUUCUUAAGGUUAUGUUUGAAGAAGAGGGGACUGCAAUGACCAAACUACUGUCUCACCUUGGUUUUAGCAUGCCUGAAGAGGAAAGAGAUAUCACCGAACAAGUAUCUUCUCUUGGUCUACACGAUGGUGUUUCCAGUAAAGAACAAAGUGCUGUGAAAGAUGAAACCUUGGGGCAGCCAUUUGAUAAUGGAGAAGAUUUUUUCAACAACCUUCCCAGCCCGAAAACAGACACUCCUAUGUCAACCUCUGGAAAUAACUUUUAUACUAAUGAAGCCAGUCCGGGAUGGGAGGAAGCGCCUCAAGAGACAAAUGGAUUAGAGGAAAGUCCUGACGUUGCUGCUGCUAAUGAUGCUAUUCUGCGUGCCUUGGCUGUUAGGGACUUCAAGGCUGCUGUCGCACACUGCAUAUCUUCUAAUAGAAUCGCUGAUGCACUAGUUAUCGCCCAUGUCGGUGGCCCUUCCCUGUGGGAAAAGACUCGCGAUCAGUACCUUAAGACAAGUCGUUUGCCUUACCUUAAGGUUGUUUCUGCAAUGGUUAACAAUGAUCUCAUGAGCCUUAUAAAAAGCAGGCCGUUGAAAUCAUGGAAGGAAACACUUGCUCUCAUUUGCACUUUUGCGCAGCAAGAUGAAUGGACAUUGUUGUGCGACACACUUGGUGCACUACUAUUUGCUGCCGGUGAAAUACUUCCAGCAACACUUUGUUUUAUAUGUGCUGGGAAUAUUGAUAAAACAAUAGAGAUAUGGUCGAGGAAGUUGGCUGAUAAUCAUGAUGGGAUAUCAUAUUUUGACCUCCUUCAGGAUUUAAUGGAGAAGACUAUAGUAUUUGCACUUGGAACUAGACAGAAACGGUUCAGUCGCUCUCUAUGCAAGCUUGUUGAGAAGUAUGCUGAAAUAUUAGCAAGUCAGGGGCAAUUGAGUACAGCAAUGAAGUAUUUGAAGGUUUUGGGAACUGAGGAAUUGUCUCCUGAGCUGUCAAUCUUACAAGAUCGUAUAUCCCUCUCAUUGUCUACUGACAAGGACACAGUGUCUACGACUUUUGAGACCUCAAAUUUUCAAAGUGGACCUGGAUACAGCUCAGAACAAUCAAAUUUUGGAAUGAAUGAAGCAUCUCAACACUUAUAUCCAGAACAACAACAGUCGCAAAACACACCAAGUGCCCCUAAUGGUCAAUAUGCUGGGAACUAUCAGUCGCAUCAUGUUCCUGCAUUCAAGGGAUAUCCUCCUCCCUCCUAUCAGACCGCUCCACAGCAAACUGUCCAACAACCUAACAUGUUUCUUCCAACACCAGUCCCUCUUGCUCCCCAGGGGAAUAUUGCUGCACCACCCACAUCUGCUCAACCUACCAUGAAACCUUUUAAUCCAACUAAUCCCCCUGCUUUGAGAAACGUGGAGCAAUAUCAGCAGCCCUCUUUGGGUUCCCAAUUAUAUCCGGGACAGGCAAACCCUAAUUUUACAGCUGGUCCUCGUGCGGCUGGUGUAUACGACCCUAAUGCGAUGCAAGUCAAUCAGCCUAUUGGACAAAGGAUGCCUCAGGUUUUUGCACCUUCUCAAAACAUCAGGGGUUUUUCCCCGGUUACAAAUUCAGGAGUUCAGAGACCUGGUGUGGGUCCCGUGCUAUCCCCCAUUCCUUCUACUCAAGCAGCUUCCAUCUCGCAACCUGUAGCACCUGCUCUUCCCCCACCCACAGUGCAGACAGUUGAUACUUCUAAAGUUCAGGCUAAACAAAAACCUGUGAUAGCAACAUUGACGAGGCUAUUCAAUGAGACAUCAGAAGCAUUAGGAGGGUCACAGGCAAUUCCGGCUAAGAGGCGUGAAAUUGAGGACAAUUCAAAGAAGUUAGGGGCAUUGUUUGCUAAACUCAACAGUGGGGAUAUAUCUAACAAUGCUGCAGAAAAGCUUAUACAACUUUGUCAGGCUUUGGACAAUGGUGACACCAGUACCGCUCUUCAGAUCCAGGUGCUUCUCACGACUACUGAUUGGGAUGAGUGUCACUUUUGGCUAGCAACACUCAAGCGAAUGCUGAAGAUGAGGCAGAGCUUAAGAUAAAUCUUUCCCUACCUCAUCUAUGUACUCAUGGAGGAUCCAAAUAGUUAAGGUUAUUGGAGUUCAGGUUUCACCUCUGUUAUCUAUCUCCAAUGUUUUUUGCGCUAUCAAUGACGGCCAUUGAAUUUUAAGAGAAUAUGGUUCUCAGUGACUUUGCUGAUUGUUAUUUUGUUUAAACUUUGUAAUGUUGAAAUAGGACCUACUUCAUUUUAAUUAGAUAUAUACACACACAUAGAUAAGGUGUAAUUCUUUUAGAAUUCCAUUUUACCAUAAGCUUGAGUGAACAUAUUCUGAGCUUGUAUUUCUGUUAGCUCUGUAAUGAUGAGUGACUUUCGUUUUGGUGCACCUUAUAGCUGUAAGCAUAGUGCUUAACUUUCCGUAUAUAAGUAUAUAACACGUUCUGCUGAAAUAUAUCAUUGUAUUGUAGCUUGCAUAGUUGCAGCUAUCACAGCUACAAAUGGAUGAAGCUAAAUCUAUUGAAAUCCUCUGAAAUUGCAUUCAAAA